CUUCCUUAACUCCUGCUAUCCACAUCAUGAGUGAACCCUUUGAAACGCUUUUACCGAAACUCCUCGGUACGGUACGAGCCUCGGCUGCGUUAGCCGCCCAGGAUGUCAACUUCUACAAAUCACUCGACGGCGGUUUGGCAGCGCAGAUUGAACUGAUUGCGGGCAAGAUCUUGGACGCGACCAACAUCUUGAUCCAGCUGACGGAUGAUCUGGCCGAUGCAUUGGAGUCCGGCGCCGAGAACUUGGACGACAGCUGGAAAACUGUGGCCAACGUACUCGAUAACUUGUUUGAGAAGACGGACAUUGCGGUCGAUGACAACCGCCGGUCGCGCAACAAGGAGGCGCCGGUCCAGGAACGCGACUCCAACAUGACCUAUCUCGAGGAUGUCAGUGCGUCUCUCGACAGGCCCAAGUCUGCCAAGCGCAUGGGCAAGCCACAAUUGCAGUUCCGCGUACCCGUGGACAACUCCGAAAGCCACGCGUUCAAGCCGUUGUUGACAGAGAAGCCGCACGCUACCGUUUCCUUAGAGGAAGUGAGCGUUAUGGUGACGCCCGAGCUCGAGGAAGACCCUUGCUACUUCCCACACCCGUACGCGGCGGAGAUCGAUGCGCAGCCGUACCCUUCGUCCAUCUUGGAGGUGUCAGAGCCGAUCAAGUCGCAACCCUGGGAAACCACCUCGGCAAUCUGGGUCGACACCGUGGAGGCACGCGACGCGAUGCUCGUGGAGUUGCGCAAGGCGCUGGAGAUUGCUGUUGAUUUGGAGCACCACGACUAUAGAACCUACUACGGGUUGGUGUGCCUCAUGCAAAUUUCGACCUCCGAGCAGGACUGGAUCGUGGACACGUUGGCGUUGCGCGACGAUCUCCAGGUGUUGAACGAGGUGUUUGCAGAUCCUGGUGUGGUCAAGGUGCUCCACGGCGCGUUCAUGGACAUUAUCUGGUUGCAGCGCGACUUGGGGCUCUAUGUGGUGAGCUUGUUCGAUACGUACCACGCGUGCCGCUUGUUGGGACUUCCGAAGCACAGUCUUGCGUACUUAUUGGAGCGAUUUGUGCAAUUCAAAACGUCCAAGAAGUACCAGUUGGCCGACUGGCGCAUCAGACCGUUGCCACAGCCGAUGGUUGCGUACGCCCGCUCCGACACCCACUUUUUGCUUGAGAUCUUCCAUCUCUUGCGCAACCAGUUAGUGCAGACGGGCAAGAUGGCAGAGGUGUUGUACGAGUCGCGCCAGGUGGCCAAGCGCCGCUUCGAGUAUACCAAGUACAAGCCUGCGCUCGCAACCUCCCUGGUCGCCACCCCGCUCAACGACAAGAGUGAGCCGUGGAGACCGCUCAUGAACCAGUACAACCUCCCCUUCAGUAAGAGACCUUUGGUGGUUGCAUUGUACGAGUGGAGGGACGCCAUGGCCCGCCGCGACGACGAGUCCACGAGAUACGUGAUGCCCAACCAGCUAUUGGUGUCGUUGGUGGCGCUGGCCCCAAUCGACGCCACCGGCGUGCUCUCUGCCAGCAACUUCAUCACCGACCACGUUCGUGUUAACGCCAAGGAGGUGGCCACGCUCAUUGAGCAGACCCUCCAGACCAUAGACGCCGAAGACUUUGAGAUCAUGAACACCAUGGCCAAGAUGGAGACCGUGGAGGAGACCGUCGACCUCGACUUUGUACAGAAGCUCGACGCCAACUUCGCUCUCUUGGCCCAAACUCUCCCAGAGACCACCCAUUUGGUCAAGAACAACUCCCGCUUGCUCACUCAGGCCAUGACCCACGAUGCGGUCUGGAGCGUUGAAUACGGUGCCGAAAAAACCACCACCAACAUCAGCGUCACUGCGGAACGUAUAGCGUUGAUCCAGGAAACUUUGGCCGCCAUGAACGACCAGGAGGUGGUUGUCCACGAGCCGCCGGUGUUUGAAACCGACGAGGCUGUCACAGUUGUGGAGGAGGAAGAAUACGUUCCAAUCCUCAAGGAACAGAGGUUGGACCCAAACGAGGUCAUUACCUUGAGAAAAAAGCAGACCGCUAACCACCGCAACUCUAAGCAGCUCGCACAGUCCGAAGGCGAUGCCUUCGACUACAAGUCCGCUGACAAGGUGUUGCUCAACCCGGUCAGAGAAAGACCGCAGAAGGGCAAGAAGAGAAAUACCGCCUUUGACCCGUACUCCCAGGAGUCCGAGGGUCCGAAGCCGGCCAAGAGGGCAAAUACCUUCAAUAGCGGGAAGACGUCGUCGUUCGUGCAGAAGAGAAAGCGGUAAAGCGGUGUAGAAUAUGUGUAUAAUAGAACUAUGUUAAGCGACUGCAGGAGAAGUGCGAAGCUAAUCUGCAUGCUCCUUGGAUGGGCUCCUUUUGAAGAUUGAUCCGGUCGACGGCCCUAAGAGCGUGUACUGCCUGUAGAAAAUUUACAGGUCUCCGUGUAAAUGGGGGGUAUAUAUUCCGUCUCCGGCUCAUUCCCAUGCCAGCUGAAGUUACCACCUCCAGUGGUUCAAGUAUAGUGUCAAGGGGGAUUAAAAGUUCUGAAUAUUACCCCAGAAAUAGUAUUUGUCAAG